AAAGAGAAAUUAUGCAACCGACAGUCUCUCACUCAGUGAUGUGUGACCAUAUACAGUAUUAAAAUAGUUCCAGUAUUUCUACUUUCUACUUUGCAAUUCAAAGUAAAUCAUUUGAAUUUAUAUCCAGGAACAAGGACUAUAAGGAUACUGGUCAUUUUGACAUUGAAAGUACCCAAACUUUUUCAGUGUUCAAAGACACUAAAAACAGAAGCAGAAUUUAAAAGCAAAGUGUUUAUAUUUGUGGUUCAUUCUACAGUGGCAGCAUUUGCCAAGCAUUUAGAGAAGGCUGAAAGGAGGAACAGCUGUUUACUGGAUUUCCAUUAAGAACAUUUCUUAAGGAUGACAAUGACUACUGCACUCAUUAAUGUGAAUCGUCUGGAAAGGUUUCUUAAAACACAGCCAAAGGCCCUUGGGGUAGUCCAGAUAAUGACCGGUGUGAUGAUAGUGUUACUGGGCACUGUUAAUGAAUUCAGAGUUUCAAUUGCUUUUAAUACUGGGACUGUGUACUGUGGAUCCAUUAUUUUCAUUAUAGCGGGAUCUUUAACCAUUGCUGCAGAGAAAAAACUGAAUCACUGCAUGGUGAAAGCUUCUCUUGGAAUGAAUGUGGUCAGUGCCAUAUCUUCAGGGAUCGCUAUCCUUACUUUUGCAUUAGAAGUUCAGUAUGGACUAUAUCGUCUAUAUGGAAAAUAUGAAAGUGCAUGUACAUAUCCUUUAAGACUUCACAGCAUUGGGAUCAGUGGCCUAUUGUUGGUGCUCUCCUUCCUUCAGUUCAUUAUUUCCAUCAUUUUAUCAUCAUUUGCAUGCAAAGCCAUCUGCUUUUGUCUCCCGCGGCAGGUUGAUCCACAUGAGCCAUUCUAUUCCCUGCCUGUUCCACUUUCAAAUUGCAGCAGCACAGUGGAUUAUGUUAAUAUGAAUAUGACUAGUGUGGUCAAUGGACACAGAGUUCUUCCUCCCACACCAAGAGAUAAGACCAACCAAAAAAAUGAAACUGAGUAUGAGCAACCAACGUUCGAUUAGAUACCAGACAUGUAAUAUAUAUGCUUACACACAUAAUACAUGGAUGAUUUUUAAUAUACUCAAGGCUUGUACAAGUGUAAAUUAAUAUUUACUAGUUGAUUGAAUUUUGUUUUUAAUUACUCUUAUUGACAGUGCCAGUGCUCAGCCGAAUUACUGUUGAACAUUUAUGAAAUGUUGUGAAAUUACA